AAUCAAGACCUCUCAGAGACUCUUCAUAAAGCACACAGCAUCAACUGCUUUACAGAGAAAGGAGAAGAUCCAAAUGAACCACAUUCAACAUACAAUUAUUGAAUACUGUAGAAAGGUGCAAAAUGGCAGUAGCCAGGGUCACAAUGGCUGCUUCAAGGACAACCGAAGAAGAACUUGAGGACUUCAGUGCCUAUGCACACUUGUCUCAAGAACAGCUGUUGCAGAUAGCUAUUGAACGAAGUCUAGCUGAUACAAAUUUAACUCCAUGGCGGAAUCAACAAGUGCAUGCCCACAUGCAGCCAGCUGACCCCAUAGCUACACAAGGACCGCCAUCCAACCCUAACCCAGCAAACCCUCCCAGUGAGAAAAAGAGUGCAAACGUUUACAGAAAUGUUCAUAAUCGUAUCUUCAGUAAGGACCAAGACAAGGUGAUUGCUUGGACAAGGCACAAUGGAAACCUGCAGGUCACAGUGGAGUAUAUGAAUGAUUUAGACCCUGUUCUCUCUGCCAUUUGGAAAGGGGAUGUAAAAGCGCUACAAGACAUCAUUCAUUCCGAAUCGAAAAAUCUCAAUGAACCGAAUAAAGAUGGCUGGUUACCACUUCACGAGUCUGCAUACUAUGGCAGUGUCAAGUGCCUUAAGAUUUUGCUCAAAGCCAAACCAGAAACAGUCAACAAACAAACAAACAAAAGUCAGACGCCGCUCAUGCUGGCUGUGUGUCGCAAGCAUUUUUCUUGUGUCGAGCACCUCUUGGAGCAAGGAGCUGAUCCUAACCUUGCAAAUAACCAGUGGGAGACGCCAUUGUACAAAGCAUGCGAGAAAGCUAAUGAAGCUAUAGUGGAGCUUCUUUUGAGAUUUGGCGCUUCACCAACCAAAGCCUGUGUUCAAGGUGGGACUCCACUACAUGAAGCAGUGAGGAACAAAAAGUUAAAAAUCACUAAGAUGUUGAUAAAAGCAGGGGCAAAGCUGUGCGCCAGAAAUAUUUAUGGCAUUGACUCUCUGUUUAUGGCUGCUCAGUGUAAUUCUGUUGAAGUGCUUAACUACCUCAUAUAUAAAGGGGGUAAUGUAAAUACCCAGGCAAAUGAUGAUGCAUCCGCAUUGUUUGAGGCCUGUAAGAAUGGUCAUGCUAAAGCUGUUGAGAUCCUCUUGUCAAAAAGCGCUGAUGUUAACGUAACCAAUAAAACUGGAUUACUUCCUAUUCAUGUUGCAGCAAAGAAUGGCCAUGACAGAAUUGUCGCCAUGCUAAUCCCUAGAACUAGCAUGGUCAAAGUGAGGUCCUCCGGAAUCAGUUCUCUUCAUUUUGCUGCAGAAAAUAACAGAGAUAGCGUCCUAGAAAUAUUAAUUGAUGCUGGAUAUGAUGUCAACUCGAAGAUGUCCGAUGAUUGGUCAAAAAUGUAUGAAGAUCAUCGCAGCACAGCUCUGUACUCAGCUGUGGCAAACAGCAACAUUGAGGCAGCUACUAUGCUGUUAGAAGCCGGUGCUGAUCCAAACCUGGAUAUUUUCAACCCCUUGUUAGUGGCUGUAAGGAUAGGAAGUAUGGAAAUGGUGGCCUUACUAUUGAAGCACGGUGCUAAUGUUAAUGCCAUGCUGCCAACUCAUCCUACCAGCUUCCCAGCAGCUUUGGUUUUUUGUUUGAGGUUCAUGUUGAUGAUGAAGUGCCUACUGGACAAUGGCUGCGAUGCACAAUCAUGUUUUACCUGUCAAUAUGGAAGUAAUCCUCAUCCCCCCAUUAAACAAGGACAAUGGACAAGAAAUGGGCGAGAAACAAUGUAUUAUUUAAAUGAUGAAGCAUCAGAAUACUGUGUUGAGUUUUGUGAGAUCAUCUCUACUCCCUCAGUCAGCUGCUGGGUGGGACCCAUCAUAAACACGUUACUUGACUAUGUGGGUCACGUUAAACUCUGCUUUAGAAUAAAUGAACAUCUAGACAGCAACAAAGAUUGGGCCCAUAUUAAAGAAAGAUCAGUUCUUCCUUGCACACUGAUGCAUCUGUGCAGACUCAAGAUUCGUCAACGACUGGGCGUCCAAAGACUAUGUCACAUCAGUGCUCUUCCUCUACCAGAAAGACUAAUCAUGUUUUUGAGUUAUGAACGAGAAUCAUUUGAAGAUAUUCCGUGAUGAAUGGCAUGCCAUUCUUAAAUGUUUACAGAACAUGCUGCUUUGAAUUCUUUUGUUACAAACAUAAUUUAAUGAAUUGUAGAUUAAAAAGCUUUAGAUCUGAAAGUAAUUUAGCAGAAUUGAUUUCUGUUUGUAUGGGUAAUUAUUCUCAAUUCAUGUAAAUAAAAUAAUAUUCAAAUGUACAUAGUAUACAUAGAGCAUAAAAGGUGCAUAACUAGAUUGCACACUAAAGCUUUUUAUAAUGUGAAUCAAUCUUUCUAGUCUUUAAACUGUGCAUUAAACGAUUAAAUAUGUUUAGUGUAAUGUUCUGUAAUUCUGCUAUAAUGUCAUGAAGACAAACUGUAUUGUUCUUGUAAAUUAGUUAACAGUGAUGCAACUUGUCCGAUUCUAAGCAGAAUUUGAGCUUAGGGUUUUUGUGUAACUCAUGUAGAAUUAAAUGUGUGGGGUUUUCUGUUUGCUUGAGACAGUCUCUGAUCUUGAGGUAAAAUAAAAGUCUUGCAUC